AUGGACCGCUGCGGGCGGCCGUCUGCCGUUGGGCUCGUCGCACUCGUCGCCGGGCUCGCUGCGAUCAGCCUUCUCGCGACCCAGGCCAGCGCAGACGCGUGUGCCACGGUGGACUGCGGGUCAGACGCGCACUGCUCUGCGGCCGAUGAUGGCUCCACGGAGUGCCUGUGCGGCGUCAUUGGCUAUGCCUUCAACGAGGCGACCAAGACAUGCAUUGUGACCUGUGCUCUCGCUGACCUUGCAGACCCGUGCCCAUCAGUGCAGUGUCCGGAGAAGGCGGAGUGCGUGGCAAGAGGGGGAAAGGGGGAGUGCGAGUGCGAGCUGGGGUACAUCAUGCAGAACGGCGUUUGCACUGACGGCUUGCUGCAGACGAGGGUGGAGGUGGAGGGCCUCAACUAUCUCUCGCUGCUCACCUUUGAGAGCCCCGUGCCCAUGGCGCAAGCCACUGGCGCCACCGCCUGCACCAACGUCAGCGACCUGGGCGGCAGCAACACGAGGAUCACCGUGGAGUGGACGUCGAUGGGAGUGGACACGGUUAGCAACGGCAUGCGCAAGAGCGUCUCGUUUCACGCUGACCUGGUCUGUGCCGACAAGCCCGGUUUGACCAUCGCUCGCCCGGGUUUGACCAAGGUCGGCGGUUUCUUCCCCGUCACGACAAGAAGUGCUAAGUGCCAAGGAGGUUCAAGCACCUUCACCUCUGUGUUGGAUGAGCCAGCUGGACACACAAGCACAGCUCUAUGCACUUAA